AUGGCAGAAAGUUUUGAGAAAAUUAGCAAAAAAUUUCACAAUUAUUGUGAUUCUGAUAAGAAUAUUAAAAAAAAUAAUAAUGAUGAUGAGAAAAAUAAGGAAAAAAAUUUUUCUAGUUUAUCAACAUUACCUUUUCCAUUAUAUAAUGAAGAUUCAUUGGAUGAAAAUAGUAGUAAUUUUGAUAAUCAAAACUUUGGAAAUUUAAUUCAUGAAAAAAUAUAUUCUAUUGAAAAAAGAAAUGCUAGAGAAAGAACUAGAGUACAUACUGUUAAUCAGGCUUUUUUGGUACUAAAACAUCACAUUCCAUCAUUAAGAAUUUUCACAAAAAGAGUUUCAAAAUUAAAAAUACUUCGUGCAGCAAUAUUGUAUAUUGACACUUUAUCCAAUUUAUUAAAGGAUCAAAGAUUAACAAUAAACUCCACUACUAUGGAAAUUGGAAGAGGAAAUAAUAAUUUAUCAAAUACAACCAUAAUAUCUCCAGAAACUUCUACAUUUAAUAUGUUAUCUUUUCAAACUCAUUUUAGUCCAGCACUAGUUGCUGCUCAUACAUUUCCAUAUUUUGAUUAUGAUUCUUUUUAUGGAAGAGUAAAUUAUCAAACAAAUUCAAAUAAUGAUUUAUUAAAUUCAUCAGUAAAAAAUCCCUAUUCAUUAGAAUCACUUUAUAAUCAACAAUCUUUUAUGAGUAAUGCUUUUUAUAAUAUUGAAAUUUAG